AUGGUGGGCUCUACAAUGCUCGUGCUUACCACUCCGUCGUUAUUCCGUUUCGUCAUGACUUUCAUCGACGGGGUACCAGGUCGCGUCUUGUCUCUUAUAAACGCGCUUCAACAUGACCAACAUCGCGUUCCAUGGUCUGCCACUGGUUUUCUACCUCGAGAUGCCAUUCAACGUGGGGAUUUGGACACACUACGUCACUUGUAUCGUCUGUCGACCACAAAAACGUACAAGUUGCGGCCGGAAUUAUCAUUUGAUGGUGCUGUAUGCUUUGCUAUUCAACUUGGACGAUUCGAAAUGGUUCAAUAUCUAGUCACGAUAGCGAUGCAAGACAAAACUGAGCACUUUACUGAUCAAAUUGGAGGUAGUACGCUACUUGGGUGGGCAAUUCGAUACUCUAACGUUCUUAAGUCGGAACAUAAAGUGGAAAUUGUUGAGUGGGUAGCUAAAAUAUACUCAAAGUCAGCGUUAAAAGAUGUCAAUGCCGACGAUUUAAGUCGUGCAGGGAUUUUCGUGCUAACGUUUUUGAAAGAAAGAGGUCUGGCGACGACUGGAUUUACUGAUCCAAAGCUGGUAGAUCUCGUAGCUGGUGGUGGCAAUUUGGUUGUAUUGAGAUUCUUAUUUGAGAGGGAAAACGAAGAUAGGCAAGUGCCGCGAUGCACAUCGGAUGCUAUGGAUAAAGCAGCAAUGAAUGGACAUCUACAGAUUGUACAAUACUUGCAUGAACAGAGUAUUGGAGGAUGCACCGUUGCAGCAAUGGAUGGUGCAGCAAAAAAUGGGUAUUUGGACGUCGUGAAAUUUUUGCACGCACAACGAAGUGAAGGAUGUACUGUUUCAGCGAUGGAUGGAGCUGCUCGCAGUGGACAUCUUGAGAUAGUUACUUUUUUGCAUACAAAUCGAAGAGAAGGCUGUACGACUGCUGCAAUGGAUGGGGCAGCUACGAGGGGAUACCUUGAGAUUGUGCAGUAUUUACACGAACAUCGCAGUGAAGGAUGCACGACAAAUGCAAUGAAUGGUGCAGCUCAAAGUGGACACUUAGAUGUGAUAACAUAUUUACACAACUUUCGUACAGAAGGCUGUACGACCGAUGCAAUGGAUGGUGCUGCACUUGUGGGAAAUUUGUCAGUGGUGAAAUUUCUACAUGAAAAUCGAAAGGAAGGAUGCACUUCAAAUGCAAUUGAUGGGGCUGCUUGGCGAGGCCAUUUUGAUGUAGUUCAGUACUUGGUGAGGCAUCGAUCAGAGGGUUGUACGUUUCAAGCCUUGGAUACUGCUUGUCAAUCUGGCAAUUUAAACAUUGUGCGUGUUCUACAUGAAAACGGAGAUGCUUCUUGCACAACUAAAGCGAUGGACAAUGCUGCAAGCAGUGGGCAUCUGGAAAUUGUGCGAUAUUUGCACGAAAAUCGAAUCGAAGGGUGUACGAAAGACGCCAUGACAAAUGCAGCGAUUCACGGGUAUGCUACAAUUGUUCAAUAUCUCGGUGAGCACAGGCACGAAGGUGCGCAUGAGUAUACUCUAGAACGAGCUGCAGCAUUAGGGAAUGUGCAAUGUGUGGAUGCACUUCUUCGAUACUCUAUCCAAGGAUGUCUUUUUGAAGCUCGUUGUGCUGCACUAGAUGCUGGGCAUUCUCGUGUCGCCAUCCUGUUGUCUGCUUGGAUUAAUCCCGACGUUCAGACAUGUUGUUUGAGAAAGUAUCACGUACGUCCAGGCCCUCGAUGGUGUCAAAAACCACCUCGAAGUGAGAAAUCGUUUUCCGUCACGAAACAGACGGGCAAUGAGUCCAUGACGUCUUGUGUUGUGACCCUUUUAAGGUGGUUUCAGUGA